CCACAAGAAACCCAGAAAUGGCUACAGCCUUGAAAAUCAUACGCUCCCAGGAGCCCAGCAUCAGCGCAGAGACCACGUACCCUCUGGAAAAUUCUCAGAAGACUUCAACAGCAGCUGUCCCUAUGGUGACCACUGUGGAACCAGGCACCCUUCAGUCCGUGGCCACAGGGAGUGGCCGCAUCAGCCUCCCUCCCUCACCCACAGGGUUCAUGACAGCGGCCAAGUCACCAGCAAGAGAAGCAACUACAGAAUGGGUCUCCCCCUCCCCAUCUGAGGACUGGACUAACACUCACCUUGGGACUCCAGAAGGGACCAAGAAGACACCGGGCACAGUGUCAGAGAUGACCACUGUCAUGAGCAAAGGUCAUGAAGAUAUGUCUUGGACAAGCCCUGCCUCCAUGGGGGAGACCAGCUCUCCAUCUUCCCUAGAACCCAUUUUUGCCACAAACUCACCUUCUGCACCUUUCUUGUUACAAGGGAACAGUACCUUCUCUCCUGUGCCUACAACCUCAGUUCUCACCUCUGACUUGGGAAAAACCACAGAGGUUUUGGGCACAAGCUUGGAACCUGUGACCAGUACACCUGAAAGUGUGACCAGCAUCUCACAGGAGACACUAACCUCUUCAGAAGCCACCAGCGAUACAGAAACAACUCAUUCUUCAAGAAUCACAGCAGUAACUGAUACGGGGAUCACUAGUUCAGGCAACACAGAGCCACCCGAAGCCACAUCUGCAAUGGUUAUCUCUUCUACCAGAAGAGACACCAGUGUCUCCACAUCAACUCCAGACUCUUCCAAAACUGCACAGAUUGAGACAGAGCCAACAUCUUCCUUGAUCGCUGGACAGAGGGAUACCAGCACCCACCAGGAGGAAAGCUUAAGUAGAGAUCCAUCCAAAAAUACAGCAGUAACCAAUAUGAGGACCACCGAUGAUGAACACGAAUCACGUUCCUUUGUCUCAACUGACUCAGAACCAUCCAAAACUGUAUUCCCAAUGAAUACAGCCAUCACCAUAGGGAAAACCACUGUUUCCACCCCAAUGUCUAGCUUCUCUGAGACUCCACGAAUUGAAGCUGAGACAAGUUCCUCCUUGAUGUUUGAAAUGAGGGAAACCAGCACCUCCAAGGAAACCAGCUCAUCCACAGACAAAACUACCAUCCUUCCUGAUAUGAACACUGGUUCUGUUACUGAGGUGGCAAGGACGGAAGACAUCUCCUCUGGUGGUGUGCUCAGUGCAAGCCCUGCCAUUUCUACCAUGUCACCAGUAAUCUCCACAGAAACUAUCACAAGGCUUUCUACUUUCCCCACAAUGACAGAAUCAACAGAAAUAACUGUCACCAUUGAACAAGGUCGUCCUGCAGCUACAUCACAGAGGACCCUUGAUUGGGACACAUCAACCACAAUAUCCAUGGUGGGGACCAACACAGCUGUGACUCAGGGACUUCUACACACAGCGCUGAUGACUCCCAUGAGCACAGGUGCUCAAGAGAUGUCUUGGACAAGCCCUGCCUCUGCGGAAGAAACCAGCUCUCCACCUUCCCCAGUGACUUUAUCUGCCGUGACAUCACCCUCCCCUGAGUCUCCCACAUUACCAGGCAGGAGCCCCUCCUCUCCUCCCACUGUGAUUUCACGUUUCACCCAUGGUCUGGUGAAGACCACAGACACAUUGGGUACUGGCUUGGGACCUGUGACCAGUUCACCUUCAAUUGAGAUCAGCUCCACCACUGAGCUACUGUCCACUUCUGGAGCCUCCACAAGUACAGAGGUGAUUCAGCCUUCCAAAAGCACAGCUGAGACCCAUGGGGCCAACACAAGCUCUGGACAUGAAGCUCAUUCUUCUACCCCAGCUGACUCAGAGCCAUCCAGUGUCUCAUCUCCAGUCGUCACUCUUUCCACAUCUAGAGAGACCACUGUUUCCACAUCAGUUACUCACUCGACUGAAACUACAAUGAUUGAGACAGCCUCCACAUCCUCUCUGAGCCCUGAACUCAGACACAGAGAGACAAGCGCCAUCCCACAGAACAGUUCAACCACAGAGAAAAUCACUCUUCUUUCCAAAGUGCCCACUGAUACGACUACUGAGCUCUCUAAGACACAACCCAUCUCCUCCACCAGCACGUCCAGCCCUGGCCCCACUCAGUCCACCAUGUCACCAGACACUCCUAAAGACAUCAUCACCAGCCUCUCUACCUCCCCCGUGACCGCAGAAUCUGCAGAAAUGACCAUCACCAGCCAGACAGGUCCCUCUGAGGCUACAUCACAGGGCACACUCACCUUGAACACAGCAACCGAAGCCUCUGGGGCAGGCACUCACCCAGCUGUGACUCAGAGCUUUACACACUCAGAGAUGAGCACUCUCAUGAGCAGGGGUCCCCAAGAUGUGUUUUGGACAGGCCCAAAGAAAGAAGAAACCAGCUCUCCACCUUCCCCAGUGACUUUAUCUGCUGUGACAUCACCCUCCCCUGAGCCUCCCACAUUACCAGGCAGGAGCCCCUCCUCUCCUACCCCUGUGACUUCACUUCUUACCCAUGGUCUGGUGAAGACCACAGACACAUUGGGUACUGGCUUGGGACAUGUGACCAGUUUACCUUCAAUUGAGAUCAGCUCCACCACUGAGCUACUGUCCACUUCUGGAGUCUCCACAAGUACAGAGGCGAUUCAGCCUUCCAAAAAUAUCACCAGGACCCAUGGGGCCAACACAAGUUCUGGACCUGAAGCUCAUUCCUCUACCCCAGCUGACUCAGAGCCAUCCAAUGUCACUUCUCAAACUGUUACUCCUUCCAUCUCUAGAGAGAACCCUGUUUCCACACCAGUGCCUCACUCUACUGAAACUACAAUGAUUGAGACAGCCUCCACAUCCUCUCUGAGCCCUGAGCUCAGAGAGACAAGCGCCAUCCCACAGAACAGUUCAACCACAGAGAAAAUCACUCUUCUUUCCAAAGUGCCCACUGAUACAACUGCUGAGCUCUCUAAGACACAACCCAUUUCAUCCACCAGUAUGUCCAGCCCUGGCCCCACUCAAUCCACUGUGUCCCCAGACACUCCUGCAGGCAUCAUCACCAGCCUCUCUACCUCUCCUGUGACCACAGAAUCUGCAGAAAUGGUCAUCACCAGCCAGACAGGUCCCUCUGAGGCUACAUCACAGGGCACACUCACCUUGAACACAGUGACCGAAGCCUCUGGGGCAGGCACUCACCCAGCUGUGACUCAGAGCUUUACACACUCAGAGAUGAGCACUCUUGUGAGCAGGGGUCCCCAGGAUGUGCCUUCGACAAGCCCUGCCUCUGUGGAAGAAACCAGCUCUCCACCUUCCCCAGUGACUUUAUCUGCCAUGACAUCACCCUCCCCUGAGUCUCCCACAUUACCAGGCAGGAGCCCCUCCUCUCCUACCCCUGUGACUUCACUUCUUACCCAUGGUCUGGUGAAGACCACAGACACACUGGGUACUGGCUUGGGACAUGUGACCAGUUUACCUUCAAUUGAGCUCAGCUCCACCACUGAGCUACUGUCCACUUCUGGAGCCUCCACAAGUACAGAGGCGAUUCAGCCUUCCAAAAACAUCUCCAGGACCCAUGGGGUCAACACGAGUUCUGGACCUGAAGUUCAUUCCUCUACCCCAGCUGACUCAGAGCCAUCCAAUGUCACAUCAAUUGUUCCUUUUUCUACCUCUCGAGAGACUGCUGUUUCCACACCAGUGCCUCACUCUACUGAAACUAUGACAGUUGAGACAGCCUCCACAUCGUCUCUGAGCCCUGAACUUAGAGAGACCAGCACCAUCCAGCAGAACAGUUCAACCAGAGAGGAAAUCACUCUUCUUUCCAAAGUGCCCACUGAUACAACCACUGAGCUGUCUAAGACACAACCCAUCUCCUCCAGCAGCACGUUCAUCCCUAGCCCCACUCAAUCCCUAGUGUCCCCAGACACCCCUGCAGGCAUCAUCACCAGCUUCUCCACACCCCCUAUGACCACAGAAUCUGCAGAAAUGACCAUCACCAGCCAGACAGGUCUCCCUGAGGCUGCAUCACAGGGCACACUUACCUUGGACACAUCAAGCAGCUCUCCAUCCUCCUCAGUACAUUCAUCUGCCAUGACGUCACCCUCCCUUCAGUUCCCCAUAGUACCAGGGACGAGCCCCUCCUCUCCCACCCCUGCGACCUCGCUUCUCACCAGUAGUCUCAUGAACACCACAGAGAAAUUGGACACCAUAUUCAAACCAGUGACCACUUCACCUCCACCUUUGAGUAGUCCUAUCAUGGAGACACUUUCCACUUCUGAAUUCUCCACAGAUACAGUGAAAAUUCCUCCUUCCAUACACACCACAGUGACCACUGAGGGUUCCAGCAGUUCUGGCCAUGAACUUAGUUCCUCUGGCUCAAAUUUCUCUGAGUCCUCCAGGGUCACAUAUCCUGCUUCCUCCAUGGAUGGGAUCACUCUUUCCACAUCAAAGCCUUCCUCCUUUGAGACCACAACAUUUGAGACCAACAAAAUUUCCCAUCUGACGCCUGGACUGACGGAGACAAGCGUGACCCUGCGUUUCAGCUCCAGCACACUCACGAACACACCUGCAUCGGCUCUGUCUACUCAUGGUUUGAAGAGUCCCAAGAUGGAUGUUACUUCUUCUGUGACAUCAUCAGCCCCAGUUCAGUCUCUGUCUACACAGGAUACUGAUGUUCCAGUGAAAACAGUCACACACUUUAAUGCUUCUCCCUCCGUAAAUGGAUCUGCUGGUAUAACUCUCCCAGAAUCCAGUCCUUCUAUGCCUGUAUCAGCAAAUACUCAUCACCUACACACAGAUAUGCUGUCUUCAGCUGAGACUACUCUUGUUAACACUCUGACAUCUCCCGUGUCAGAGGCCAUGGCUUCCUUUGCCACAUCUGGAGUUCCAGGUUCCAUCUCAGCUACCUCCUCGGAUGGUCCAUUUUCUAGGACAGAAUCAGACCCCAAGGAGGAUACCAGGUCCACCACUGCAGAUGGUCUACCUUCUUCAGCUUCAACACCAUUCCCCUCUUCAACCUUACAUACCACUGAUCCUUCAGUGAGCUCCCUUUCCCAUUGGAUUACUUCCUCCCCAGCCACCCCAAGCACAGUAGACACCAACCUUGACACAGAGAGCAGAAGGACUAGUGAAUUACCUUUGGUUACGACCAGUACUCUGCAGACUUGGACCCAGCCAUACUGGACAUCUUUGCCACCCAUUAUGGACACUAAAAUGACAGGGAGUGUUGGUUUGGGAAGAGUGACAAGUUCUUUUCAAGUUAUUCCACACUCAACACAGUCAACAAGGACUGAUGACAUUAUGAAGCAUAUCACAAAGAUACCCAAUAAAGCAGCCCAUGGAGGCACCACCAUCCAUACUCCCCAGGCAUCCACAUCUGCUAGUCUUACAGGAUUAUCAACAGGAGGGACAGAGAGGACAGAGACCACUGCCACAGCUCUGAAGACCACAGUGACAGUGACUACCAGAGUGUCUACUCCCACUUCAGGAAUGCCGCCUCUCCUCAGGACAUCAGAUAAAAAGGCCAGCACAAGCACAGUAGGAACGAUCAUCACAACCCCAGACAGUCCAAAGAUGACAGCCUCUUUGACCAUCAGACCUGGAGAUGAGACCAGCACAGUUCCUAUGACAACCCCAUCCAUUUUCAGUAGAGGACCAGAGACUACACCCUCACUGGUCCCUAGUUCUGGGGCAGAAACCAGCACUGUAGUUCCCAUGACAACCUCAUCUAUUUUCAGUAGAGGACCAGAGACUACACCCUCACUGGUCCCUAGUUCUGGGGCAGAAACCAGUGCAGCUGUUCCAAUUCUGACUGUUUCCUCAGAUGAACCAGAGACCACAACCUCAUGGGUCACCCAUCCUGCAGAGACCAGUCCAACUGUUUCCAGGGCAAUCUUCAAUAUUUCUCAUAGUGAAUCAGACAGCACACCCCCAACAACUACAAGUUCUGGGAAAGAAGUCAGUACAGCUGUUCCAACUCCAACUGUCUCCCGUGAAGUACUGGGGAUGGUGACCUCACUGGUUGCUAGUCCUGGGACAGAGACCAGCUCAGCUGAUCAAACUCUGGCUGUUUCCCCUGGUAAGCCAGAAACAACAGUCUCCUUGAUUACCCAUCCUGGGACACAGACCAAUUUAAGUGUUCCAACUCCAACUGUCUCCCCUGAUGUAUCAAGGGUGGAAAUCUCACCAACCACCAGUUCUGGGGCAGAGACCAGCACAAUUUUUCCAACUAUGACUGAUUUCCCACAUGAACAAAAGACAACAGCCUCAUGGGUCACCAAUCAUGGGACAGAAGCCAGUUCCAUUUUUUCAACUUUGACUGUCUCCCCUGAUGAACAAGUUACAACAGCCUCAUGGCUCCUUUCCACAGAGACCAGCACACCUGAUUCCAAAACAACUCUGAAUUUUUCCCCUAGAGAAUUAGACACCACAUCUUCAGCAACCACCAGUCCAGGGGCAGGAGCCAGUUCAGCCACUCCAGUGAUGACUAACUCAUCUAGCAAACCAGUGAUGGUGACCUCCCUGGUUCUUAGUUCUGGGACAGACACCAGUACAACCUUUCCAACUUUGACUGGGUUCCCACAUGAAUUAGAGUCAACAGUGUCCUUGGUCACCCAACCUCCAGAGUCUGACCCAACUGUUUCUAAGACAAUGCCUAUUUCCCAUAAUGAAUCAGAUACCAUGCUCUCAGUGGUCACCAAUCUUGGAGCAAAAGUCAGUUCUGCUGUCCCAACUACAACUGUCUCACCUGGUGUAUCAGGAAUGGUGACCUCACUGGUUACCAGUUCCACAGCAGAGACUAGUUCAACUUCUCCAACUCUGACUGGUUCUCUGCAUGAACCAGAGACUACAGCCUCAUGGGUCACUCAUUCUGAGAGAAAAGUCAGUUCAACUGUUCCAACUAUGACUGUUUUCCCUGAGAAGUCAGAUACAACAGUCUCUUUCGUUACCCAUCCUGAAGAGACCAGCCCAACUCUUCCCAGGAAAACCUCCAACGUUUCCCAUAGUGAAUCAAACACCACAUUCUCAGUGGCUACAAGUCCUGGGGAAGAAUUCAGUUCAGCUGUCCCAGCUACAACUGUCUCACCUGCUGUAUCAGGGAUAGUGACCUCACAGGUUACCAGUUCUGUGGCACAGACCAGUACAACUUUUCCAACUGUGACUGACUCUAUGUACAAAUCAGAGACAACAGCAUCAGGGGUCACCCAUACUGAGAAAGAUGCAAGUUCAGCAAUUCCAACUAUGACUAUUCUCCCUGGGAAGCCAGAUACAACAGUCUCACUGGUUACCCAUCCUGAAGAGACCAGCCUAAGCAUUCCCAGAACAACCCCCAAUGUUUCCCAGAGUGAAUUUGACACCACACCUUCAAUAGCCACUAGUCCUGGGGCAGGAGGCAGUUCAGCUGUCCCAGCUAUGACUACCUCACCUGGUAUACCAGAGAUGAUGACCUCACUGAUCACCAGUUCUGUUGCAGAGGCUAGUACAACUUUUCCAACUCUGACUGAUUCCACACACAAACCAGAGACAACAGCCUCAGGGAUCAUCCACUCUGGGACUGAAACAAGUCCAGCUGUUCCAACUAUGACUGUUUCACCUGAGAAGCCAAAUACAACAAUCUCAGUGGCCACCCAUCCUGAAGAGACAAGUCCAACUUUACCCAGGACAAUCCCCAGUGUUUCCCAUACUGAAACAGACACCACAUUCUCAACAGCCACCAGUCCUGGGACAGAAUCUAGUUCAGCAAUCCCAGCUACAACUGUCUCACCUAGUGUAACCAAGUUGGUGACCUCUCUGGUUACUGGUUCUGGGGAAGAAAUUAGUACCACUCUUCCUACACUGACUGCUUCUCCAGGUCAAAUGGAAACCACAGCCUCAUGGGUGACUCAUUCUGAGCCAAAAGCCAGUGCAGCUAGUCCAACUCCAGCUGUUUCCACUCGUGUACCACAUACAGUGAACCCACAAGCCACCAGUUCUGAGACAAAUGCUAGUAUGGCUAUUCCGGCUCUGACACCUUCUCCCGUUGAGCCAAAGACCACAACCUCACUGGUCACUCAUCCUGGGGUGCAGGCCAGUUCAGCUACUUCAGUUGUCUUCUCUACUAUGCCAAGCUUGGGGACCUCACUUUUCACAAGUUCUGGGACAGAGACAAGUACAGCUUUUACAAUUCCAACUGAUUCUUCACAUAAACCAGAGACAGCAGCCUCAUGGGUCAUGCAUUCUAUGGAGACCAACACUCCUAUUUCCAGAACAACUCCAAGUUUUGCUCAUAGUAAAUCAGACAUCACACCUUCAAUGGUUACAAGUUCUGAGGCAGAAGCCAGUUCAGCCAUUCCAACUACAGCUAUCUCCCCUAGUAUACCAGAUGUUAUGACUUCUCUGAUUACUACUUCGAGAGCAGAGAUCAGUACAACUUUUAGAACUAUGACUGAUUCUACACACGAACCAGAGGCAACAGCCUUAGCAGUCACCCACACUGGGACAAAAACAAAUUCAGCUAUUCUAACUAUGACUGUUUCCCCUGGGAAGCCAGACACAACAGUCUCACUGGUCACCCAUUCUGAAGAGACCAGCCACACUGUUCCAAGGACAAUCUCCAGUGUUUCCCAGGGUGAAUCGGACACCACACCCUCAAUGACUACCAGUCCUGCAGCAGAAGUCAGUUCAGCUGUCCCAGCUAUGACUGUCCCACCCAGUAUACCAGGAAUGGUGACCUCACUGGUUACCAGUUCUGAGGCAGAGACCAGUACCACUUUUCGAACUCUGACUGAUUCCUUAUAUGAAUCAAAGACUGCAACCUCAUGGAUCACCCAUUCUGGGACAAAAGCCAGUUCAGCUGUUCCAACUUUUCCAAUUCUGACUGAUUCUACUCACAAACCAGAGAUGACAGCCUCAGAGGUCACCCAUUCUGGGAAAGAAACAAGUUCAGCUAUUUCAGCUAUGACUGUUUCUGCUGGGAAGCCAGAUACAACAGUCUCACUGGUCACCCAUCCUGAAGAGACCAGCCCAACUGUUCCCAGGACAACCUCCAAAGUUUCCCAGAGUGAAUCAGACACCACAACUUCAACAGCCACCAGUCCUGGGACAGAAACAAGUUCAGCUGUCCCAGCUACAACUGUCUCACCUGGUGUAUCAGGGAUGGUGACUUCUCUGGUUACCAAUUCCAUGACAGAGAUCAGUACAACUUUUCCAAUUCAGACUAAUUCCACACUGAAACCAGAGACUACAGCCUCAGGGGUCACCCAGACUGAAACAAGUUCAGCUGUUCCAAUUCUGAUUGUUUCUCCUGGAAAACCACAUACGACAGUCUCACUUGUCACUCGUCCUGAAGAGACCAGCUCAACUGUUCUCAAGACAACCCUCAUUGUUUCCCAUAGUGAAUCAAACACAACACCCUCCACAAGCACAAGUCCUGAGGCAGAAACCAGUUCAGCUGUCCCAGCCACAACUGUCUCACUUGGUGUUCCAGGGCUGGUGACCUCACUGGUUACCAGUUCCAUGGCAGAGACCAGUAUAGUUGUUCCAACUCUGACUGAUUCCAUGAACAAACCAGAGACUAUAGCCUCAGGGGUGACCCACACAGAAACAAGUUCAGCUGUUCCAACUAUGGCUGUUUCCCAUGGGAAGCCAGAUACCACAGUCUCACUGGUUACUCAUCCUGAAGAGACCAGCCCAACUGUUCCCAGGACAACCUCCAAAGUUUCCCAGAGUGAAUCAGACACCACAACUUCAACAGCCACCAGUCCUGGGACAGAAACAAGUUCAGCUGUCCCAGCUACAACUGUCUCACCUGGUGUAUCAGGGAUGGUGACUUCUCUGGUUACCAAUUCCAUGACAGAGAUCAGUACAACUUUUCCAAUUCAGACUAAUUCCACACUGAAACCAGAGACUACAGCCUCAGGGGUCACCCAGACUGAAACAAGUUCAGCUGUUCCAAUUCUGAUUGUUUCUCCUGGAAAACCACAUACGACAGUCUCACUUGUCACUCGUCCUGAAGAGACCAGCUCAACUGUUCUCAAGACAACCCUCAUUGUUUCCCAUAGUGAAUCAAACACAACACCCUCCACAAGCACAAGUCCUGAGGCAGAAACCAGUUCAGCUGUCCCAGCCACAACUGUCUCACUUGGUGUUCCAGGGCUGGUGACCUCACUGGUUACCAGUUCCAUGGCAGAGACCAGUAUAGUUGUUCCAACUCUGACUGAUUCCAUGAACAAACCAGAGACUAUAGCCUCAGGGGUGACCCACACAGAAACAAGUUCAGCUGUUCCAACUAUGGCUGUUUCCCAUGGGAAGCCAGAUACCACAGUCUCACUGGUUACUCAUCCUGAAGAGACCAGCCCAACUGUUCCCAGGACAACCUCCAAAGUUUCCCAGAGUGAAUCAGACACCACAACUUCAACAGCCACCAGGCCUGGGACAGAAACAAGUUCAGCUGUCCCAGCUACAACUGUCUCACCUGAUGUAUCAGGGAUGGUGACUUCUCUGGUUACCAAUUCCGUGACAGAGAUCAGUACAACUUUUCCAAUUCAGACUAAUUCCACACUGAAACCAGAGACUACAGCCUCAGGUGUCACCCAGACUGAAACAAGUUCAGCUGUUCCAAUUCUGAUUGUUUCUCCUGGAAAGCCAGACACGACAGUCUCACUUGUCACCCAUCCUGAAGAGACCAGCCCAACUGUUCUCAAGACAACCCCCAGUAUUUCCCAUAGUGAAUCUGACACUACACCUUCAACGGCCACCAGACCUGGGACAGAAACCAGUUCAGCUGUCCCAGCUACAACUGUCUCCCCUAGUUUACCAGAUACAGUGAGCUCUGAGACAGACACCACUAUGGCUAUUCUACCUCUGACUCUUUCUCCUGGUGAACCAGCAACCACAGCCUUAUUAGUCACCUCUUCCAGUGCAGAGACGAGCACAACUUCUGCUUCAACUGUUUUUCCUCAUUUACCAGAAACCACAGCCUCACCAUCCAUCUGGCCUGAGUUGGAGACUAGUACAGCUCCUCCAUCUCAGACUGUUUCUCUCAGGCCACCAGAAACAUCCUCUUUCUUCACCAUACCUGUGACCAUGACAGCCAGAGUUGCUCUAAAUCCAACUGUUUCACUUGGGGUUUCUUCAGAAACAGCCUCAGUCUCCACUGGGGAGACAGAACUCAGCACAGCUAUUGCAGUGUCAGCUACUUCCCAUGGUUUACCAGAGACCACAGGUUUCCUGGCCACCAGUCCUGAAGCCAAGGCCAGUACAAGCCUCCCUGCUCUGACUCUUUCCGCUGGUGGUCUUGGGCCUCCCAGGACCUCUGCAACAACUGUUGAGCUUUAUACUGUAACUGCUGGAAACACAGAAACCUCACCACCUGCAACCUCUGUUGAACUCUCAGAAUUUCCCAAAACUGUGACAGGGGACACUGUGACCUUGAGACCAUCGGAGACCACAAUGCAACCUAAAACCAGUCAUGUGGAAGGAGUAAAUACAACCACUAUCCUGAAAACUGCCACUGUUGAGACCACUCAUUUAGCUACCACAGGUUCAAGCCCCACUGUGGCCGAGACCACAACCACCUUCAACACACUGGCUGGAAGUCCUUUUGCCCAUGUGACCACACCUGGAACAUCCGCCUUGGCCUCUGUGACUGUGACUUCAGGAACAACCACUGCAGCUGCAAUUCCUUUCUUGAUGCCUUUUACUGUCAACUUCACCAUCACCAACCUGCGCUACACAGAAGACCUGGGAAACUCGGACUCUAAGAUAUUCAAAGACACUGAGAGACACCUGCAGCUGCUGCUCAGGCCUUUGUUCAGAAACAGCAGCAUUGGUUCCCGGUAUGCCGGCUGUAGACUGACCUUGCUCAGGGCUGAUAAGGGUGAAACAAGCACCAGGAUGGAUGCCGUCUGCACCUACCGCUCAGAUCCCACAGGCUUCAGGCUGGACACGGAACGUCUGUAUCGGGAACUAAGCCAGCAGACCCAGGGUGUCACUCGGCUGGACCACUACACCCUGGACAGGAACAGUCUCUAUGUCAAUGGUUACAACCAUCGGUCCUGGAUCCCCACCACCAGCACUCCAGUGACCUCCACCUUCUCUCCAGGACCUCCAGCAUUUCCAACUUCCAUCCCCAGCUCUACAGUUGCAGACAUGGGCCAAGCCCUGAUGCCAUUCACCCUUAAUUUCACCAUUACCAACCUGUUCUAUACCCCAGACAUGGGGCACCGAGGAUCCGAGAAGUUCAACUUCACUGAGAAGGUUCUGAAUCACCUGCUUGGUCCUCUGCUCAAGAACACCAGUGUCGGCCCACUCUACUCUAACUGCAGACUGACCCUGCUCAGGACUGAAAAGGAUGGCGCCGCAACUGGAGUGGAUGCCAUCUGCACCUACCAUCCUGACCCCACACGGCCUGGGCUGGACAGAGAAAAGUUGUACCGGGAGCUGAGUCAGCUGACUCAUGGUGUCACCAGGAUGGGCAACUACACUCUGGACAGUAACAGCCUCUAUGUCAAUGGUUAUAACCAUCAGUACUGGAUGCCCACCACCAGCACUCCAGUGACUUCUACAUUCUCUCUGGAAUCUUCCACAUCUCUGUCCCCCAUCCUCAGCUCUACAGGCAUGAGCCCUUCUCUGGUGCCUUUCACCCUCAACUUCACCAUCACCAACCUGAACUACACAGAGGACAUGAGUCCCCCAGGAUCUGAGCUAUUCAGCACCAUGGAAAGAAUCCUGAAUCGCCUGCUCAAACCCUUGUUCCAGAAUAGCAGUAUUGGGCUCCUGUAUUCUAGCUGCCGACUGACCUUGCUCAGGCCUGAAAAACACAGAAGAGCCACUGGAGUUGAUGCUGUCUGUACUCACCGACCUAACCCCAUGGGCCUUAAACUAGACCGAGAGAGGCUGUACCGGGAACUGAGCCAUGAGACUCACGGUGUCACCCAGCUGGGAUCCUUCACUUUGGACAAGCACAGCCUCUAUGUCAAUGGAUACACCCAAUGGGCAUCAGCCUCCACCCCCAGUGCUGCUGGGACCUCCUCACCCUUCCCAGGGACCUCCAUGGUGCCAACCCAGUUCCCUAGCUCCACAGGAGUCCCUCCUCUGAUGCCUUUCACCCUCAACUUCACCAUCACCAACCUAACCUUCGAGGAGGACAUGCAGCACCCCGGCUCCUGGAAAUUCAAUGCCACCGAGUUGAUCCUGCAGGGUCUGCUCAAACACAUGUUCAAGAAUAGCAGCAGUCUGGGAUCCCUCUAUUCGGGCUGCAGACUAGCCUUGCUCAGGCCUGAGAAGGAUGGCACAGCCACCAGAGUGGACGCCAUCUGCAUGCAUCGCCCUGACCCCAAAGGCCCUGGAUUGGACAGAGAGCAGCUGUACUGGGAGCUGAGCCACCUGACCCAUGGCGUCACCCUGCUGGGCCCCUACACCCUGGACAGGGACAGUCUCUACGUCAAUGGUUAUACCCAUCAGGCCCUGAACUCCACCCCCAGCAUUGCCACAACCUCUACCAUCUUCCCAGCGACUUCUGUGGCCCCCGUCUCAGUCUCUACAGUAGCCAGCCCUGCCCUGGUGCCAUUCACCCUCAACUUCACCAUCAAUAACUUGCACUAUGUGGAGGACAUGCAUCGCCCUGAUUCCUGGAAGUUCAACAACACAGAGAGAGUCCUGCAGGUUCUGCUCAGACUCUUGUUCAAGAACACCCGUGUGGGCCACCAGUACUCAGGCUGCAGACUGACAUCACUCAGGCCUGAAAAGAAUGGAGCGGCCACUGGAGUGGAUGCGGUCUGCACCCACCGCCCUGAUCCAGUGGGCCCUGGGCUGGACAGAGAGCAGCUGUAUUGGGAGCUGAGUCAGCUGACACACGGUGUCACCCAGCUGGGCCCCUACACCCUGGACCAGGACAGUCUCUACGUCAAUGGUUACUCCCAUCGGACCUCAGCCACCACUGCCAACACCACUGACCUUCACCUGGUGUCCUUCACCCUGAACUUCACCAUCACCAACAUGCACUACACGGAGGACAUGGGGCGCCCAUCUUCUCUGAAGUUCAGCGCCACCGAAAGGAUCUUACAGCACCGACUCAGGGUCUUGCUCAAUAAGACCAGUGUCGGCCCCCUCUAUGCUGGCUGCAGGCUGGAGUUGCUCAGGCCUGAAAAGAGGGGAGCAGCCACUGGAGUGAAUGUAGUCUGCAGCCUCCACUCUGAGCCCGCAAGACCCGCACUGAACGAACAGCAGCUGUACUGGGAACUGAGCCGUGAGACAGGCGGCAUCACCCAACUGGACUCCUUCAGUUUGGACAGAAAUAGCCUUUACGUGAAUGGUUACACCUAUGCAGCCCUGGCCCCCACUACCACCACUGGGGAGGUCAGUGAGGAGCCCUUCACGCUGAACUUCACCAUCAACAACCUGCGCUACUCUUCAGACAUGGGUCACCCAGGCUCCCACAAGUUCAACAUCACAGACACCCUCAUGCAGCACCUGCUCAGCCCGUUGUUCCAGAGGAGCAGCCUGGGUGCCCGGUAUGCGGGCUGCAGGGUCAUCUCCCUAAGGUCUGUGGAAAAUGGUGCCAAGACACGUGUGAACAUCCUCUGCACCUACCGGCGGUCCCCCAGCGGCCCCGGUCUGCUGGCCAAGCAGGUGUUCCAUGAGCUGAGCAGACAGACCCACGGCAUCACCCGGCUGGGUCCCUAUUCUCUGGACAAGGACAGUCUCUACCUCAAUGGUUAUAAUGAACGUGGUCCAGAUGAGCCUCCUACAACUUCCACACCAGCUACCAUGUUCCUUCCCACUUCACCAUCACCUGUGCAACCGGAAUCCACCACAGCUAUGGGAUACAACCUGAAGACCCUCACACUUAACUUCACCAUCUCCAACCUUCCAUACUCAUCAGACAUGAGCAAUGGCUCCGCGAUGUUCAACUCCACCAAGAUGAUCCUGCGUCACCUGCUUGGAUCCUUGUUCCAGAAGAGCAGCUUGGGCCCCUUCUACUCAGGUUGCAGACUGAUCUCCCUCAAACCUGAGAAGGAUGGUGCAGCCACCAGCGUGUAUGUCGUCUGCACCUACCACCCUGACCCCAUGGGCCACAGGCUGAACAUAGAGCAGCUUUACUGGGAGCUGAGCCAACUGACCCAUGGUGUCACCCAGCUGGGCUUCUACACUCUGGUCAAGGACAGCCUCUUCAUCAAUGGCUAUGCACCCCAGAGUUUAUCUAUCCAGAGGGAAUACCAACUAAAUUUCCACAUCAUCAACUGGAAUCUCAGCAACCCAGACCCCACAUCAUCAGAGUACAUCGCCCUGCUGUGGGACAUCAAUGACAAGGUCACCAAACUCUACAGAAGCAGCCAGCUACAAGAUGUAUUCCUCUCCUGCCUGGUCACCAACUUGACGUUGGAUCCCAUAUCGGUCACCAUCAAGGCCCAGUUCUCCUCCAGAGUGGACUCCAGCAUGGUGAAGCAAGUAUUUCUAGACAAGACCCUGAACGCCUCAUCCCACUGGCUGGGUGCCACCUAUCGGCUGACAGAUGUGCACGUGACAGAAGUGGAGCCAUCAAUUCAUCUACCAACAGACCAAUCAACGAUCAGUCCCAGUUUCCAGGAAGUCCAGCUAAAUUUCACUGUCACCAACCUAUUCUAUUCUCAGGACAUGAAGCAGCCAGACACUCCCAAAUACCAGAGAAACAAGAGAAAUAUUGAAGAUGCGCUCAACCAGCUCUUCCGAAACAGCAGCAUCAAGACUCAUUUUUCUGACUGUGAAGUUUCAGCAUUCAGGUCUGUCCCUCCAAGCAACCACACUGGGGUUAACGCUCAGUGUAACUUCGCAUUUUUGGCUCGGAGUCUGAACCGAGUUGUCAUCUAUGAGGAAUUCCUGCGUCUGACCAAGAAUGGCACUCAGCUGCAGAAUUUCACCCUGGACAGGAACAGUCUCCUUGUGGAUGGGUAUUCUCCCAACAGAAAUGAUGUCGUGACUGAGAAUUCUGACCUUCCCUUCUGGGCCAUCAUCCUCAUCUGCCUGGCAGGACUCCUGGUGCUCAUCAUGGGCCUGAUCGGCUUUUUCCUGGCCCGAGUCCACCAGCGGAAGAAGGAGGCGGACUAUGAGGUUCAGCAACUACAGCCCGAUAGCGUGGGCUAUUACCUGCCACACCUGGACCUGAGGAAGCUGCAGUGACACCUGUUUCCCAGACAGUUUCCAGGGGAGGUUGGCUGGAACAGAAGCAAACCACGCUGGUCGGACACAACCUCCAGGCCUUUCUUGGCCUGGCCCCCACCUGGUUCACAGUGGACUGAGAGAAAAGGUCUCCCCUUCGAUGUCCUGAAGACAACUGCAACUUCUGUCUGAUGGGUUCACAUCCUCAGGGACACCAGGAUUGGUGAAAUAGGCACAGACAUGGCUAACGAACAAAAUCGACAUCCCGCUUAAGUGAGGUUUACCUUCCUAGUCACCCCCUGAACACCUCUCUCCUUGACUCCUGGGCAGCCAUCACCCCAUCUCCCUUCCUCCCUGUUCUGCAUCCCCUUCCCCGAAGCCCUGACAGUCUCAAGUUCCUUGUGAACUACCUUAUUCUCUGAUGUUCAGAUUCACCAGGAUGUUCACUGACUCUUCUCCUUCAUCACAGGUCCUCCAAGGUAGGAAAUAGACUAAGAGGAAUGAGUGGGUCAGCCAUGAUUCUGCACUCAGCCCUGGGACUUGGUAUCUGGGAAGGCUGAAUCCCAGAGUGGCAGCAAACUCUAGAGAGAUAGAGUCUACUUUGAAUUUGAAGAUGAAUAAAACUCAGGGGAAAGAUCUGAGAGAAAAAAUAAAGACAGUCCCUUUUUUUAUUUAUUUUUUUUCUGCACUGAAUCUAACUGAAAGGCUAAAGCAGAGACUCCCCAACACGCUGCUCGAAGCAUCCCGGGCAUGAUCCUAAUACUGUAGAUGCUCUGUUACUGUUUAAUACCUCACUCUCAGAAAUUGUAAAUCCCAGACUUGCCUGGUGGUCCAGUGACUAGGACUCCAUGCUCCCAGUGCAGAAGGCGCAGGUUCAAUCCCUGGUCCAGAAACUAAGAUCCUGCAUGCUGUAUAGCACAGCCAAAAAAACAAACCAAAAAACCCCACAUGAUUUAACUUCUGGGUAUUAAGAACAAUUAAGAAAUUAGCUACAUGACUAAAAUCAAAACUAAAAAGAAAAGAAAAAAGAAAAAUUUCCUGGCAGAAAAAACACCUGGAUUCAUAUGUAGAUAAUCUUGACUCAUAAAAUAUAAUGAACAAAGGAAGAAAAUUACAGAAUUUACCUGAAAAUUGAUAAUUAUAAUGGGUCAUUUUCAUAGAUCCUCUCAAGAAAUUAAAAACACAGUGUUUGUUAGCACGUGAUGGGUUAGAGAAUAGUUAAUAAAAUGUUUCUAUGAAACAACUACCAAAGCAUUCCUGUGGCAAAAAAAAAAAAAACAAAAACACAUACUUCUUACAUACAAACAUAAUUUAUAACAUAUUGAGAGAUUGUAGUCAACUACCAGAACAGGACACACCAACACAAGGAAGGAGUUUAUUUUCACAAAUAAAUAAAAGAUCAGGAGAAGGCAGCCGGCGUACAGUGCGGUAGAGAAACAAACUCCCUUGGUUUUUCACUGCAUCACUGUAGAUGUCACGGUGAAUCAGGAAAACACCCUCGCUAGCACCAUUAACAGCAUAAGGCAUUUGUUAAACACUUUAGACUUUAAAUGGAUAUAAUCUAGAGAAGAGGGGGAUCAGACAAUACUCCCAAACAGUGAAAUCCAAAGUAGCUUCUUGGUGGACACAAGAGACCUGACAGGAAAAUCCCAACUCCGAUGGAUCUUUGAUGUGGAUCUUGGGAAGACAUCAGUGGAAACCUACAGCUCUACAAAAAUGGAAGCCAAAUACUGGUAGUGGUUUUGAGGUACUCUUGAUUGGAAGGUCAAAGAAUCCAAAAUGAUGGGCUAAAAGAUAGUAUCCUUAAGUGAAAGUCACUCAGUUGUGACUGACUCUUUGUGACCCCAUGGACUGU